AUGUCAGACUUAGGCUUUGAUCCAUCCUUGAAAAAGAAAAAGAAAGUCAAGAAGCCAGUCGAUGGCGCAUCUCCCGCACCAGAAAGCAAUGAGUCAACGCCCGCCCCUGAAUCUGUUGAUGACUUAUUUUCCGGAAUGAAGAAGAAGAAGAAAUCAUCGAAAAAGACUGCCGAGGACUCAGUGGAGAAAUCGAGCUCGCCAUCUACUGCAGCAGGAGCAGCAGAUGCUGAUGAUGUUGCUGCGUCUUUGGGUGACUUGACGUUGAAGAAGAAGAAGAAGAAGAGUACCAAGAACUUGGACUUGAAUGAGUUUGAACAACAAUUGGAAAAAGCAGGGAUUGAAGAUACGACUAAUGACCAGAUAGAUGACGAUUCAAGCAACAGCAAAGUGUCUCAAUCAGAUGCUGGAUUAUCAUAUGAAGACUUGUUGACUCGUUUCUUUGAGAUUUUGAAGGAAAAUAACCCUGAACUUGCUGGUGACAGGUCCGGUCCAAAAUUCAGAAUCCCACCACCAGUAUGUCAAAGAGAGGGUUCGAAAAAGACGAUGUUUGCCAAUGUGCAAGAGAUUGCCACUGUUUUGCAAAGAAACCCAGAGCAUUUGAUACAAUUUUUAUUUGCUGAAUUGGGUACUUCGGGUUCUAUUGAUGGUGAAAAGAGAUUGAUCUUGAAAGGUAAGUUUCAACCAAAACAGAUGGAGAGUGUGUUGAGAAGGUACAUCAUUGAAUACGUUACUUGUAAGACUUGCAAGAGUAUGAAUACUGAGUUAAAGAGGGAGAGUGCAAACAGAUUGCAUUUCUUGAGCUGUAAAGCAUGUGGUUCAACAAGGUCGGUCUCUUCGAUCAAGACUGGUUUCCAAGCACAAAUCGGAAGAAGAAAGAAGUUUUAA